AUGCAACCAACGCUGGAUAAAACUACAACCAUCGCAACAAACCAUUCCACCCGGAAUCGCUCCCCAUCAAUCGAUUUAUCCAGCUUGUCCCGCUUCAAGAACCUCUCACUCUCCGGACUGCGAACGUCGGACGAAAGUUCACUGCAGCAAAACUCCGACAACCCGAAGGACAGUGGCAAUGAAAGUGAAAACGAAAUCGAACUAGUAGGUUACCGCCGGAUCCGGACCGUGGGGCAGGGUUCCUUCGGGAUGGCUGUUCUCUACGAACGCUUGCUCGACGGUCAGUUGGUGGUCAUGAAACAAAUCAACCUGUCGGAUUUAACCAAAACCGAACGGGAUCUGGCGAUGAACGAGGUUGACAUUUUCUCCAAACUACAUCAUCCGAACAUCAUUGCGUACUUUGGAAGUUUCACUCGAGGUGACUGUCUGUUCAUUGAAAUGGAGUACGCUGAUGGAGGGACACUUUCGCAAGUACUCAUCGAGAAGAGCCACGGCGAGCGGCUACCGGAACGGUUUAUAUUGAAUAUGCUCGAACAGAUCGCGAGUGCCAUCAACUAUAUGCACUCGCAGAAUAUUUUACAUCGAGAUUUAAAGACGGCCAAUGUGUUUCUGAAUAAACGGGGCAUCGUCAAGAUUGGUGAUUUUGGAAUUUCAAAGAUCAUGAGCACGCGGAAUCAGGCACAAACUGUUCUAGGGACACCGUACUAUUUUAGCCCAGAAAUGUGCGAGGGAAAACAAUAUGACGAAAAGAGUGAUGUGUGGGCUUUGGGGUGUAUUUUGGGUGAAAUGUGCUGUUUCAAGAAGGCGUUUUCAGCUUCUAAUUUGUCUGAGUUAGUUUCCAAGAUUAUAUCGGCAAAAUAUGCUCCCAUCCCUGAAGGUUACUCAGAUGCCCUCAAACACUUGUUGAGUCUAAUGUUACAGAUUGAUCCCCAUAAUAGACCCUCAGCGUCGGAGAUUAUGCAGUAUUGGAUUCCUCUAAUCUACAGAAAUUUAGGAAAGAACGAUGGGUUUAAAUAUAUCUCAAAUGAUCCAAAUGAAGGAUUGGCAUCCUAUGAUAAACAAUCGGUAGCCAGUACGACGAUUGGAACAGCUACUAGAAACUACAUGGAAGCCUCAACUGCCACUACAAACAAUCUGCCAUUGACAGAACGUUCCGUUCUGUAUCAACUCAAAUCAUUCGGAUCAUCGACGAAUUUGAGUCCCUUGCAAUUGCCUCCAACGGCUAGGAUAAGACAGCUGGCUACAAGCGGAACACACUUCGUUGUGGUGAUGUACGAUGGAUCUGUCUAUACCUGGGGCGAAGGUAACAAAGGUCAACUCGGUCAUAAUGCACUGGAAACAUGGCGCCAUUAUCCUACUAAAGUCGAGGCAAUACGGAACUAUAACAUCGUUGGAGCUGCCACCGGAGCUGGUUUCACUGUAUUCUACACAAGUCUAGGGGUGGUCCUAAGCUGCGGUGAUAACAGUGAGGGGUGUUUAGGACAUGGCGAUAGAAAUUCACUGCUAGUGCCUAAAAUAGUUCAAAGUUUGAACAAUAUCACGAUAGUACAAAUCGCUUGUGGAGAGCACCACGUGGUGGCACUUUCGAACGAAGGAGAUUUGUACACCUGGGGUUCAAGUGCUGAAGGAGCACUAGGUCAUGGAAAGCAGGCGGUGACCAGUACCGAACCCAGAAGAUUGAUAAUUUCACGCAUGAUUCCCGAUAUCAAUGCAAUACACUGUGGGCCAGAUUGUACCGUAGUUUUGACCGAAAGUGGGUUGUGUUACUGCUGUGGCAGUAAUAGUUUCAACAAACUUGGGUUUGGCUUGAAAGUGACGCAAUUGUUCGGCUUACAGAAAUUAGCGUAUAUUAGGCAUAGAAUUGUAGGCGUAAGUAUUUCACAAUCGUGGGUAGCUUUUUUGAUCGAGGGUGGAUACGUCGUGACAUCCGGGGACAACUCCAAUGGCCAGCGUGGGCUUGGUCACACAAACCAACAUGUGGAACCUUCUGUACUGAAAAGUAUGACCUCGCGUUUUAUCACGAGCAUCAAAUGCUUUCCUACAUAUGCCGUUGCAACUACAGACGACAACUGCGUGGUGUUCUGGGGCACGAGACUAGGAAUCCCUGAAACAGAUAUCAACGUAUCGUCUAAUCCAAACUCAAGCAAUAGGGUAACGGAAAACACCUCUAUCGGUAACAGUACAGCUGCCUUCACUAAUUUUCUGACGUCAGUGCAUAGAUACGAGUCGAUAUUGGACCCAAUCGAUAUAUUGGCGUUGCAUUCGUCGAAGGAACAACAAGCGAAGGGAAGCUUCGUCAAAUUAGCUUGUAUACAGCCACUUCUACAUAGCGUUUUAAUCGUUGUCGACACAACAUGUUCACUGGUUUGAGUAAAAAUCAGAGUAAAAUUAUUUUUAAAGUAUAUUUCCAUAAAAUGAAACAGGAAGAACUGCUUUAUUCCAAUACAACUCAUUUAAUAAAUAUUUACAGCUCAACUCGAAAUCAA